AUGCCUGAAAAAGAUACAAGGUUGGAGAAGCUUGCUUUGGAGCUUUUUCAACGAGAAACGUCCCUUAUUUUGGCCGAGUUCUUGGUUUGUGUUUUAGUUACGACCGCCUCAAUUUUAGGCAACGUUUUCGUCCUCUUUGCUUUAUACAGGAAUCAAAGGCUACGAAAACCGUCAAACUUGUACAUUAUCUCGCUGACAAUCUCAGCUAUAACUUUAGCGGUAACUGGUAUGACCUUGGUGUGCGUCACAUCGUUUGCCGGUCGCUGGAUGUUUGGGCCAGCUCUCUGCUGGCUUCAAGCGUCUGUUGCUACAAUGUUGGGGACCGUGUCUUUGGUCAGCAUGGCGCUCAUUGCCGUAAAUAGACUUCUUAAAGUUGUAUACCCCAACAUGCAUCGCAAAUUGGUGUCAGCGAGAACAAUUUUGAUCUCCAUUUUUGCCGCUUGGUCGUUCACCGGUGUUAUUCCACUAUCGUUUUAUAUAACUGGAGUCAGGAAUAUAUUUCAUCCCGGCCAUCAGCUAUGUUUGUUUGAUUUCAGCACUGCGAGUUAUACGCUUAUCGCAUUAAUAGCCAUUUUCGAAACUUUUCUUCCUUAUCAAGUGAUCUUUAUUUCCUAUUUCAAAGUUUGGCGCUUCAUCAAAAGCCAUAUGCUUCAAAUGUCUACCUCGCGAGUAAACGUAGAAGACAUAAAACUUAACCGUCUAUUAGCUGUAAUCGUGAUCUCGUUCACCAUUUGUUUUACUCCAUUCUUCGUAAUGAUUUUGAUUGAUACUUCUCGAGAGAAGUUUUCUCUUCCUCGACAACUUUAUUUUUUUGCAACUGUGACUGUAGGAGCUGCUAGCUGUAUUAAUCCUAUGAUUUAUGGAAUCAUGAACAAAGAAUUCAGACGAGGUUUUGUUGCCAUUUUUCGAAGAAAAAGAGGAAGAAUAGGGAUUUUGGUGGAGGAGAGAAAA